AUGCUAGUGCACAGCUACGCGGGCAUGGACCGCGCCGAGGGGCUGCCCGGGGCGCCGGCGGGGAGCCGCCUGCCGCAGCUGCCCGCGCUCAACCAGGCGCCCUACGGCUCGGCGCCGCCGCUCUGCCACACGCCCGCCGCCGACUUCCAGCCGCCCUACUUCCCGCCGCCGUACCCGCAGCCGCCGCUGCCCUACGCGCAGGGCCAGGAGCCCGGCUACCCGCACCUGGCGGACCCCUACGCCGCGCUCAGCCCGCUGCACCAGCACCAGCAGCCCGCCUGGCCCCCGCAGCGCGCCCGCCAGGACGACGCGGGGCUGCUCUCGCAGACCCACCGCGCCCUGGGGCUCGACCCCCGCCGCGAGUACCCCGCCGUGCCCCGCCUGCUCCACGGGCUGCCCGACGGCGGCCACGGCCUCGCCGACGGCCCGCUGGGCCUCCACGGCCUCGGCCACCACGGCAUCGAGGACAUCCAGGCCGUGGACGACGGCGGGAUGAACCUGCUCGAUCAGUCUGUGAUCAAGAAAGUGCCCAUCCCCUCCAAGGCAAAUGGCACCACUAUUUCCACCCUGUCAAUGAACAAAGAUGGUCUCAUUGGAGGGGUGACGAAUCCCAACGAGGUCUUCUGCUCUGUGCCUGGCCGCCUCUCUCUUCUCAGCUCCACCUCCAAGUACAAGGUGACGGUCGGGGAGGUGCAGAGGCGGCUUUCUCCUCCCGAGUGUCUCAAUGCCUCUCUCCUUGGCGGGGUCCUGCGGAGAGCAAAAUCAAAGAAUGGGGGCCGGUGUUUAAGGGAAAGGUUAGAGAAAAUCGGACUAAAUCUACCUGCAGGAAGGCGUAAAGCUGCAAAUGUCACCUUGCUGACAUCCCUAGUGGAAGGUGAAGCUGUUCACCUCGCUCGGGAUUUUGGCUACGUGUGUGAAACGGAGUUCCCAGCCAAGGCAGCGGCAGAGUACCUGUGCCGACAGCACUCCGACCCCACCGAGCUUCACACCAGGAAGAACAUGCUGCUGGCUACCAAGCAAAUUUGCAAAGAGUUUGCAGAUUUGAUAGCCCAGGACCGUUCACCGCUUGGGAACAGCCGCCCCUCGCUCAUCUUAGAGCCUGGUGUCCAGAGCUGUUUGACUCAUUUCAGCUUGAUAACCCACGGCUUUGGGGGCCCAGCUAUCUGUGCAGCACUCACAGCCUUCCAGAACUACCUGGUAGAGUCCCUUAAAGGGCUGGAUAAAAUGUUCAUGAACAGCACAGGGAAUGGGCACACAGCUGGAGACUCCAAAGCAUCAGAAAAGGAAGCGAAGCAUCGGAAAUAA